CCCUCAUCCAGCCAUCCAUCCAUCCUCCCACCGUCCUCCUCUUCUCUACAGCAGACUAGCAGUAAAGAAAAAAACUAAUAUUUCACCAGUGAUGAUAACCAAAGCAGUGUCCAAUCUCACACACACACACACACACACACACACACACUCACACACUCACACUCAUGGAGAGAGAGAGAGUAAGAGUGAGUAAGAGAGAGAGGGAGUAAGAGAGAGAGAGAGAGAGGGAGAUCAGCAGCGCUGCAGCAGCAGAUUCUCGGCCGUCAGACGCAGAGGAAUGAUAAUUAGAAAGAGAUUGACUCGGCAACAAGAAGGAAAAAAAGGAGGAAGAAUAACGAGGAGAAGAGGAGUCGAGGCCUCCUGCAGCAUCUUCAUCAUCAUCAUCAUCAGCAGCAGCAGCAGUGACAACAGCAGAGGAAAAACAUGAGACUCAUCUGAUCACAAUCUGAUCAACGACAAGAAGAAAAAACUGCAGCACUCGUUUGUUUUUAUCAUUUUUACAGAGGAGAUGACAGAAGAGAGAGAGAGAGAGAGAGAGAGAGGGGUGAGUGAGGAUCAAUAAUCCUCCCUCCUCCUCCUCACUCCUCCACCUUCAUCCCUCCAUCACCUCUGCAGGAGCCGCUGCUGAAACCUACGGAUCCACAAGUUCCAUCCUAUGAGAUGAAAAUGAUGGCGGAUCGCUGACACGUCAAAGUUCACGAGGAGAAGAAGAACAUCUGACAUGAAAUUUGAUCUCCUCUGUCAGAACGACUGCAGGGACACCAGCCGAGUCCUGCAGGUGAGCCCAUGGACCAGGAACAGGUCAACGUCUCGUCUUCCAUGUUUGUCAGAAGAUGAUCAUUGACGGACAUUAAGACUUUUCAGUUUUGUGGCUCCUUGUUGGUAACAUUGAGCAUCUGGACUUUGUUUCUCUCGGCCGCUCAGAAAACUCUUCGGACAAAUGAGAUUCUGCAGGGAAGCGGUGGACGUGAAAGUGUUGGCGGAGCAGACGGUAAUUCUGCUGCAGUGAUUUGAAUCCACUCUGAUAAUGUCCCUCAUCACUGAUCCAGAGGAACAAAUGACAUCUGGAUCAGCUUCACUCCACACACCUGAUUCUCAGAAACCAGGUUUCUGAUCUUCUACAUGGAGUCCAGAGACUGGAUACAACAGAGUCACUGACAAACACGGUAAGAGACAGACUCUUCUGAGACAGGGAGGAGUUAAAGACCGUCUUUAUGUCCUAGAACUGUCUUCUGAUUCAUGACCAUCAUGGGUCUGAACCACAGGAGGACCUCCUGAUCGAACCAGGGAAUGGUUGGCGACUUCAUAAACCUCUCUGACUGGAGCCCACAGGGACGAGGUCCAUCUUGAUCCUCGAAUCAGAACUCGAAAAAGAAGAAGUCCUCUCCCCCCCACUUACCUCUGGUGGGGGGGAGGGUGAAGGGUAGUUUAGGUUUUAGGUUGUAGUUUUUUUGUUUUUAGUUCGUAAACUAGACAUUGAAAAGUUGUGUUGAGGGUUUUUCCUCAGUGUUGGUUUGUACUAGUUUUAGAUCUAUUCGGUUCUGCUCAUUUGAACGUGUCAGCAACACCGCUCUGCUUGGUUACCAGGUGAACCCUCGACCCUGCACCAGCUGUUACUCAGGCAGCAUUUCAUCCAGUGCACGAGAUUAGCAUUUAGCCUCAGUGCUAGCUGUGUCUAAGUUAAAUAUUAAGUCUUUGUUUGCGAACUCUUUGGUCAUGGAUGCUAAUCAAGGUCCAGGUAAGGGCAGCCCAGAAAGCCCAAACCGGGCCGUGGAGUACCUUCUUGAACUCAACAACAUUAUUGAGAGUCAGCAGAAGCUUCUAGAAACCCAACGGCGCCGAAUCGAGGAGCUGGAGGUCCAACUAGACCGCCUCAGCCAGGAGAACAAGGACCUACGUUUGGACCGGCAACCCGUCGUACCUCCUCCACCUGCUGCUCCCGAGCCUCCGCUCCCUCCUCCUCCACCGCCGCCUCCUACAACUCAGACCACACCGGCGUCCAUUUCUACCAAGAACCACCACCAUCAUCACCACCACCACAACAGCAGCCAGCCCCAAACUUCUCCCCAGCCUCCGUCCUCCAUCCCCCUCCACCACAGCCACCACCACCAUCACCAGCAUUAUCAGCAGCAGCAGCAGCAGCACCACCACCAUUCCUCCUCCUCCCACCACUCCUACAACAGCACUAACAGCACCAGUGCGACCGCUAUUCCGGUUCCAGCUCCAGCUCCAGCGUCAGCCCCAGCCUCCAUCUCGAUUCCGACCCAGAUCCCAGCUCCAGUCUCCUCCCCAUCCCCGGCUCCACCUCCCCCUCCUCCAAUCCCACCCAGGGAUCAGCCGCGGGUCCACAGCCGGUUGUCCCGGGCCCCCUCCACCAGCACUGGCACCAACACCAACUUCGUGGAGAAAGAGAAAGAGAGGAUUGAGCGCUUGCACAGAUCCAACGCCUCCAACAACCACCACGCCCACACCCUCCACCUUCACAAACCUGUGGAGGGCGAUCCUCAGUGUCCGGAGGCACUCACUUUCCCUGAUUCGUCCUUCAGCCAUCCUCCUCCCUUCUAUCGCUAUAGCAACAGCCCCUGUUAUCCUGACAGCUCUGCCUCCACCACCAGGAACUUUGGAGCCUCCCACACACACACUCAGGGCAGCUCUCCCAUCUCUCCCCCCAGCCCGGCCAGCCUCGCCUGGGCUCAGCGCAGUCGACAUCAGCCGGCCAGCCUGGCGCUCCGCAAGCAAGAGGAGGAGGAGAGCAAACGCUGCAAAGCUCUAUCUGAUAGCUAUGAGCUCUCUACAGACCUUCAGGACAAGAAGGUGGAGAUGCUGGAGAGGAAGUACGGUGGCCCGUUUGUGUCGCGGCGGGCGGCGAGGACGAUCCAGACCGCGUUCAGACAGUACCGCAUGAACAAGAACUUUGAGAGGCUUCGCAGCUCCGCCUCCGAGAGCAGGAUGACCCGACGCAUCAUCCUGUCCAACAUGAGGAUGCAGUACUCAUUUGAUGAGCGUCCGCCACAGUGUCAAGGGUUAGCAGGUCAGCAGGUUUCUGAGGACGCAGGAGACAUGGAUGACUCCUUUAAUAAGCAGGUCAAGUCUUUGGCCGACUCCAUGGACGACUCCCUCACCUGUCAGUCUGGACGAGAGGACUCACAGGAAGCAGGCGGAGAAGGUGAGGACGACGAGGACGACGAGGACGAGGGGGACGAGGAGGAGGAGGAGGAAGAAGAAGAGGAGGAGGACGAGGAGGAAGACGAGGAGGAAGACUACAGGCAGUGCGCGUGGCGCAACACCAGCGCGUCCUCCCGACGCUCCGCAGGCCGGAUGGGAGGAGUCGGGGGAGGAGUUGUGGGCGGAGGUGUGAGCAGACACGAGGACAGCACCGCCACCUCCUUCAGUGACGUCACCCUCUACAUGGACGAGGGCUGUCUCCCGUCUUCACCGCUCUCCCGCCCGCCGUCCUCGCCACUGUCCCGCCCCGCCUCGAGCUCCGACACGGAGUACUGGGGAGGGGGGGGAGGGGGAGGAGGGGGAGGAGGGGUUAGAGAGGACAGCAGGGAGACGGAGGGAGGCAGCAACGCCAGCCGGAGGAGCAGCACGCCCUGUACUGAGUGUCGGGGGGAGUACAGAGGGAGGGCGGGGGGUGGAGGAGGGGGCGGAGGUCACCUCCCCGUCCUCACCAUCGAACCGCCCAGUGACAGCUCAGUGGACAUGAGUGACAGGUCAGAGCGAGGCUCUAUCGGACGCCUGGUUUAUGAGCAGGAGCCGUCAGGAGUCGAGCAUGGAGGAGAGAGAGAGGACAUGACGGGAGAAGGUGAGGGUGAGAGUGAAGACGAUGAAAGAGGAGGAGGUGAGGGAGGGAGCAGCGAGGCCGACUCACCUCAAGGAACCAUCAAACACAAACCAAACGGCCGCUCGGUCGCCACAGCGCAGGGACAAACACGCAGCCCCGCCAACGUCCCCCUGCCAAUCCCCUCCGCACGGACCCUGCCCUCACACCCGCUCCAACACCAACACCCUCACCCACACACUCACCCCUCACCCAUCCCCCACCUCCCCACCAUCCUCCACCAUCACCCACAGUACAGCCAGCCACACAUCAUGCACAUGCACCACGGACACCCCGGCGUCCCGUACAUCCAGCACCCACACCACUUCGCCCAGCACCACUACCACCACCUGCACCACCAACACCACCACCUGCCACACUCUUACCCAGAACCCCCCUCUUCUCCUCUGCCCUCACCCGUGCCACCGCUCACACCUCUCUCACCCCUGCCACCUUCACUCACGCCCUCGCCACUGUCGUCCUCCUCGUCUCUGGCUCUGCACAACAUGGAGGCCCUUCAGCAGCAGCAGCAGCAGCACCUCGCCCACCACCAGCACCUCCACCACCACCACCACCACCUGCUCUGCUCAGAUGGAGACAAUGAGAGCGUCAACUCCACCACCACCAACUCCAACGAUGACACCACCGUCAACAACUGCAGCUCUGGCUCAUCGUCGCGCGACAGCCUGCGCGAGCCAAUGGGAGGAGCCACGCUGGGGAAGCAGACCUAUCAGAGAGAGAGCCGGCACAGCUGGGACUCGCCCGCCUUCAACAACGACGUGGUGCAGCGGCGGCAGUACCGCAUCGGACUCAACCUCUUCAACAAGAAGCCAGAGAAGGGGAUCCAGUACCUGAUCGAGAGAGGUUUUGUGUCGGACACACCAGUCGGUAUCGCCAGGUUCAUCUUGGAGAGGAAAGGACUGAGCAGGCAGAUGAUCGGGGAGUUCCUGGGCAGUCGGCAGCAGUUCAACAAGGACGUGCUGGACUGCGUCCUGGAUGAGAUGGAUUUCUCUGGGAUGGAUCUUGACGACGCGCUGAGGAAGUUCCAGGCUCAGAUCAAAGUUCAGGGUGAAGCUCAGCGGGUAGAGCGGCUGGUGGAGGCCUUCAGUCAGAGGUACUGUGUUUGUAACCCGGUGCUGAUCCGGCAGUUCCAGAAUCCAGACACCAUCUUCAUCUUGGCCUUUGCCAUCAUCCUCCUCAACACGGACAUGUACAGCCCCAACGUGAAGCCGGAGAGGAAGAUGAAGCUGGAGGACUUCAUCAAGAACCUGCGAGGUGUUGAUAACGGUCAGGACAUUCCCAGAGACCUGCUGGUGUCCAUUUACGGAAGAAUCCAGAAGUGGGAGCUGAGGACCAACGAUGAUCACGUGUCUCAGGUUCAGGCGGUGGAGAGGAUGGUGGUCGGCAAGAAGCCGGUGCUCUCGCUGCCUCACCGCAGACUCGUCUGCUGCUGUCAGUUAUUCGAGGUUCCAGAUCCAAACCGAGCUCAGAGGAGCAGCGUCCACCAGAGGGAGGUGUUUCUGUUCAACGACCUUCUGAUGGUGACAAAGAUCUUCCAGAAGAAGAAGUCUUCAGUAACGUACAGUUUCAGACAAUCCUUCCCCCUGGUGGACAUGCAGGUCCACACCUUCCAGAACACCUACUACCCUCACGGCAUCAGACUGACAUCUUCGAAUCCCGGCGGAGAGAGGAAAGUGCUGAUCGUUUUCACGGCUCCAAGUCAACAGGACCGAGCACGCUUCACCUCCGACCUCCGAGAGAGCAUCGCAGAAGUCCAGGAGAUGGAGAAGUACAGGGUGGAGUCGGAGCUUGAGAAGCAGAAGGGUGUCAUGCGUCCUGGCGUGUUGGCGGGGGGAGGACCGGGAGGCGGCGGCAUCGCGGUGGGCGGGGCCAUCAUGGGUGGCGGGCCCGCAAAGAGCGAGGUGCUGAACGGCACCCUGGGUCGGCCGAGCCUCGACGACACGUACGCUUCAGUGGACGGACUGAAGCGCACGGCGCUCAGCUCCUCCCUGAGGGACCUGUCAGAGACAGGGAAGCGAGGUCGUCGGAACAGCGUGGGAUCACUGGACAGUACCAUUGAAGGUUCCAUCAUUAGCAGCCCACGACCACACCAGCAGCGCCCCCUGCCUGCUGGAGGUCUCUCCUACAGCCCCAUGAUGGUGCCUUCAUCUCCAGCAGCUUACCGGCCACACCGCCCUACUCAGAGCCCCGGUACAGGGGUGGGGGGUGGGCCGGGGCUCUGUCACAACCAGGUGGUGGGGGUCAACAGCUCCCCUCUCGUGAGCGGGGGAGGGGCUGGGGGCGCAGGCGGGAUGGCGGGCGGCCCAGCUGGCGGCGUCCGGCCGGGGAAUUUCUUCGGCAGCCGCAGAGGGAAGGUUCCUGGUCCCCUGAUGAUGACAUCACCAACUCCUCAGGGUCCUCCGAGUCCCCUGAUGAUAUCAUCACCCCCCCACUACCCCGCCCCCGCACCUCCCAUCCCCCACCCCUCCUCCCCUUCCCCAUGCCCCUCCCCAUCCGUCAACCUCGGUCAGUCGGACUCGGGAGGAGUUGGAGGGGGCGGAGGUACGGGCGGGGCUCCGUCCAAACUCCAGGCUCUUCACGCCCAGUAUUGUCACGGCAACAGUGGAGGAGGCGGAGUCAGUGUUUCUGGGCACCAGCAGCAGCAGACGCCGCCGCCACCGCCGUACCACCAUCAUCACCGUUACCACAUGCAGAGCAUUCCGCACCACCACGCCCUCUCGCACAGGUUCUCCGCCCCGCAGCGACAGGGGCCGCCCGGCUGCGCUCCCUCUCAGAGGAUUCAGCAUGGCCCCGCCCCUCAUCCACGCUACACCACGGGCCUGGGGUUCACCUCGCCCCCUCCGCUGUCCCCACACUCUCCCCUCACCCCUACUCCACACGGACUCUACCACUCACACCCCACGGUGGCGGCACGGCCAGGGGGCGGAGCCAAGCUUCCGCUAACCAUCUCGCACUCUCAGCCUCACCCCCACGCUCACACACACUCUCACAACCACGUCGCGCACACACACUCCCCCCUCAGCCCCUCCCCCUCUGCCUCACCCUCCACGCACUUCAUCUUCGCCGCCCCGCCGCCACAAACACCGUCGGCGCGCCUCGUCUCGCAGACGCCCCCACAGCCUUACGGCCCUCAGUAUCCGCCCCUAUCCUCCAUCCCGCCUCCCCCUCCGCACUCACCAUUGCCUCCCCCCUCUACCGCCCCGCUCUCCCCGCAUCCGGGAGUGGGGGGAGGCCAAGGGGGCGGGCCCAAAUCGAAGCCCGUCAGCCGGAUCAGCACGGUCGUGUAAGAAGGCAAAGAGCGGUGGUCUGCCAUCCUGCUGCGAGCCACCGGGGGGCGGUAGUGAAGAAGAGAGGGAGAGGGAUUGGAGGAGGAGGGCAAAUGCAAGUGUACCAAAAUGGCCGCCUGGUUCGAAGGAGAGCUCUGAGAGAGGGAAAGAGGAAGUUACUCAGCCUGUGUUAUUUCCACAUCCACUUCCCCCGCAGGUAAAAACUCCCACGCCAUGUUUGUCGGGGAAAAACUGACCAACAACGUGAAACGUGGCGUUUUCAUUCACUUGUGUGAAGGAAACGUCCUCGUCUCCUCGUCCUGGGACGAGUUUGACGGAGUGUUGUGAUGAGAAAGAACACGUGAGUCACGGACGUGAACAAACGGUUCGGGGACCAGACGAAGACAAGAAGGAGACGAGAAGGAGACGAGAAAGAGACAAGAAGGAGACGAGAAGGAGACGAGAAGGAGACGAGAAGGAGGGAUCAGUGCCUGAGAAUUUAACACAACAGUUAGCGCUUGGCGCUAACUCGGUUAGCUGAAGGAACGUCCGUGAGUCCUUUCACGGAAACUGUCCAAAAACUAACAAACAAACGAUAAAAAAAACUCACGAGUGCACCACUUUGUUUUUCGCACAAAAAGCACUCGUACCAUUGUUUUGGAUGUUGAUAUUAAAGGGAUAGUUCAGGUAUUUUCAAGUGUGGUUAAACGAUGGGUCAGCAAACACUGACGUGUGACGUUUAAGUCUACGAUGUCUUAAGAACAUGUUCAUGUCUUUAUCUCAUUGUGAGACAGACUUUUCCAACAGGAAACUGACGUUUGUAAACCACUCACUCUCCCACACCAAAGCCCAUAGAGAAAAUCAGUGAUUUUCGCUCGCGGGGACACAGGAGCUGCUGGUCUACUGCUGCCUCGUGUGGUCACUUUGUGUCACCGAGGUCAAUCUGAACAAAGGAUUUUUAAUGCCGAAUUUUACAAAAUAAGACAUUUGAACUUAGUGAUGGAGGCAGCAGUGGAUCAAUAACUCCUGUGUGCUGUGAUGUUAAAAUCACUGAUUUUUUCCAUGGACUUUGGUGUGGG